CAUGCAAUGAACUUUUAUUUCGAGGCAGCUAAAACUCUAGACCGGCUGGAUGCAAAGCAAGGUUCGAUCAAGGGUAUCCUUGCCACUUUGCCCGAGAAAGAUAGGGCAAGAACUGCUGCUCUUGUCAUAGAAACCCUGAAAUAUAAGGAUGUCUUGACGAAUGUCAUUGACACUGCUAAGCUCCUAAAGGAAGAGAAGAAGAAAAUCACAUCUCUCAAUCUGGCUCUUGUUCUCGUCCAUGACGUCUUACUUUCCAAAGGAAUUCAAGCUGCAGACGGACCUAUCAAACAAGCAAUACUCCGACAUAAAACGAGAUUACAUGGUGAGUUCCAGAAAAUCAAGAUCAAACGUGGGGCGAAAUCAAACGGCGAACUUGCACAUACCGGAGACAGUAGAGGAGCUCAAAUCCCGCGUUACGUACGAAUUAACACUUUGCUCUGGACUGCCGACGAGGCUAUUCAACACUUUGUCUCUCGUGGCUUCGAGUUAUCAGGACCUUUCAGUUCGAAGAAAGGUUUUGCUAAGGAUGAUCAUGUCCCGCACCUUCUUCUAUUUAACCCUGUAAUGCAAUUCCGCGAUGAACCAUCCUAUAAAUCAGGCAAAGUUAUUUUGCAGGAUAAGGCAUCUUGUUUUCCGGCUGUCGUCCUUGAUCCUCCUGCGAAUGAGGAUUCUGUAGUUAUAGAUGCUACAGCUGCACCAGGUAAUAAGACAUCACACCUGAGUGCACUUAUGCGUAAUCGGGGGAAGUUACUGGCGUUUGAACGAGACAGAAAACGGUUUUCUACACUCAAAACGAUGCUCAGCAAAGCGGAAUGCAAGAACGUCGAGACGAUUAAUGCCGAUUUCCUCACUGUUGAGCCUACAGAUUCUAAAUAUGCUUCUGUAUCACACAUUCUUCUAGAUCCAUCAUGCAGCGGUUCAGGCAUCGUUAAUAGGCUGGAUUACCUACUUGAAUCUGAGCAAGAAGAUGAUACCGAUCAAGAAGAGCGGCUGACUAAACUGGCCAGCUUUCAAAUGUUGAUGAUACGGCACGCCAUGAAAUUUCCGUCUGUUAAGAAAAUAGUCUAUUCGACGUGCAGCAUACAUGCGACCGAAAACGAGGACGUAGUUCGUCAGGCACUCUGUUCCAACGAGGCCAAGGCUGGCCAUUUUAUAUUGGCACCGCCAGGAGAAGUCUUACCUUCCUGGCAUCGGCGAGGACUCCCAGAAAAAAUGGAAAAUCCAGACGACGCGUUGUCUGUUGUGCGUUGUUCUCCCGGCGAAGACGCGACAAAUGGAUUCUUUGUAUCCUGCUUUGUGAGGAAGACCCAUCAAACAUCAGAUGCACUUCUUACCAAUCAACAGCGGAAAAGAGAUGAUGGGGACGAGUUAGACUUGGUAGUUAAACGGAAAAGGAAGAAAAGAAAAGUGGACCAUAAAGCACGAUGA